GUGUCCUGGAUCUCUAAAAGAGAGCGAGAGAGACAAGAUGGCGGCAGCCGAGUGAAGCGCCAGCUCGCGGCGGCUGGACCCGCUCGGACUGCUCCUUUCUGGCCCGCACGCAGAGGCCUAGCCUCUUUUCCACAAGGCUAAAAGGCGCGCUGGCCGUUGGGGGAAACGCCUCGGGCGCCCGCUGUGGAGAAAGGCCCGGUGUGAGCAGAGCUGCGGGGGACGGAGCCUGCCUGCCUCCCCCCUCCCUCCCUUCCCCCCUCUUCCCUCCCCUCGGCCGUGGUGCGGCAGCAGCUCCCGGAGGGGGGAACUCGGCCCGAGCGUGACUAUCCCUCACCACCAUGGCGAGCAGCAGUGGCUCCAAGGCCGAGUUCAUCGUCGGGGGCAAAUACAAGCUCGUGCGGAAGAUCGGCUCGGGCUCCUUCGGGGACAUCUACUUGGCCAUCAAUAUCACCAACGGGGAGGAAGUGGCUGUGAAGUUGGAGUCACAGAAGGCCAGGCAUCCCCAGCUGCUAUAUGAAAGCAAACUGUACAAGAUUCUGCAAGGGGGAGUUGGCAUCCCUCACAUACGGUAAGAAUUAUAGAUCACAGGAG